GACCUCAGGCGGGUGUGGUUGGCCUGGAUGGCCUCAGGUCUUUUCCAACCUGGUGAUUCGGUGACUCUGUUCCUUCCCAAGGACUCCUUUUGGAGUUGUUCCUUCCCAGCAGUGCCGCCCCGCGCUCGGUGGGAGCUGCCCCAGCCCUGCCUGCCCUUGGCUCUGCGCUGGGGAGAGACACCUGCUCAGCACAGACCGCGCUGAGCACAGGGCGGUAUCAUCGCCAGAGAAGGAGUCCUGUCUGGGGAACACUGAAAGAAACUGCUGUCAGAAGGACAUUCUGUCUAACUUUCAAAAAAUACAAUUAUUUAGAUGAAACUUCACUUUAGCUUAAAUCCAGUUAUUGCGCUUUUUGUAAUAGCAACUACUUUUUCUAUCAGCAGGGCUGCAGUGCUGGUGCGUGAGGGGAGCCGGGCAGGUGGGUGAGCCCCGACAGUCGCAUGCACUUGCAACAGGCAUGUCGGAGGAUUACAGAUGGGAAAUGGAAGGCCAGGAGAAGCCUUUUUUUUCCUUUUACAUAUUACACAAUAAGGAAACGUGACCUGAGUGAAGUUGCCUGUGCCGUGUAAAUGCUCUCAAGGUUUGCGAGGCAGAAGCGAGGUCGUCCGAAAUGAAAAGAUCCCAAAUAGGUUUGUGGCUUGGUAGAAAUAAGAAAAGAAAAGGAACAGGAAGAGAAGUGGAAGGCAAAGGAACACAAUCUGUACCUUCAGCAUCUUCCUCUAUUACUUCCUUUUUUAACAAUGCUCCGCCUGCCAAAAUUAACUGUCCCAUGUGUGGACAGAUGGUGCCAAGAUGUAAAAUAAAUGAACACAUAGAUGAAAUGUGUCAGAGAAACCGUGGUGAGAUUGGUGUCGUCGGUUCAACACUCAGCUCUUUUAGGAAUGACAGUCCCCCUGCUGCAAGCUUGAACGAUACUUCUAGCUCACGUUUUUCAAAAGAGCUUUUAAAUAUAGAAGCAAGUCCUUCCAAAAGCAGUUUAUUGACAACAGAAGGGAGUGGAGGACAACAGAUUAGUCCUUAUUUUAGCAAUAAUAGUUCAGUCUGUAGUGCUAACAAUGAACAACAGGCUCAAACAGUCAAAAUAGUUUCUUUGGGAAGCUUGUCAUCUAAACUGUCCAGAAGACGCCAUAGCCAGGGAGGAAAACAGAUUGUGUAUAAAGAGAUCAACUCUUCACCUCCAGCUGUUCACAACAUGUGCAAAAGUACUGCAGCACAGGAGGAGGAUGACGAGAUUUAUGCUGGGCAUAGUUCUCAGAAAGAAAAUCAUCGUAAGGAACAAAAUUCUUCAGUGGAGGAAUCUGAAUUUCAAGCAGAAGUAGACAAAUGUAGUGGAGAACAGCUUGCGGAUACUGUUCAGGUAUCUUUGCCAGCUGAUAACGUUAAUGGCAAAAGGUUACCAUGUGGUACAAGCAGCAAAACAGAAAGCUCUGAAGGUGGAAUUCUUAAUCCUGAUAAAUUUGAAACACACGGAGCCAUUAAUUCAUCAGCAGAGCUGACCAGUGGUUUGGAAGUGAAGACUCAGCCUUGCACUCAGGUUAUUCCUUCUUCCAGGACAGAAGCAAGCUGUGGUAUGCAAAAUUGCUCUAGCAAGGGUGGUGUAGACAUGCUUCCUGUGGAAGUUCUUGAAGACUUUGAAGAUGAAAUGGAUCGUGUUUUGUUAGAAACUGUUGAAAAGGUAGAAAUUAAAUAUUCCAUCGGGGACAUUUUAGACAAAAUAAAUGAGGUUAGCUCUGCACCCAGCUCUCCUGGGCACCCAUAUUACCUCCAGAAUUUUUUGGUGGUGCUGCAAGCGGUCUUGGAGAAUGAAGACGAUGUCAGACUCUUUGAUGAGCAAGAUAUGAAUGUUAUAGCCAAGUUCUGCGAAUUAUCAGUUGGUGGCCAGAAGUUAUAUGUGAGACUUUUUCAACGCAAGCUGAACUGGUUAAAGGUGAACAAAAUAGAGUAUGGAGAGAUAAGUACGGAUUUGUCACCGGUGAUUGAAGAACUGGCUGAAGCCAGAUUUCUGCAAACAGAAUCAGAACUGGAAGACCUGUGUGAAGGGUUGGAUUUGCUUUCAGCCCCUGAGCUAAAGACAUUAGCCAAGAUCUUUCACUUGCCAAACCCAAAUGGCCAGAAACAGCAACUUGUGGAUGACUUCUUGAGGUUGGCAAAACAGCGUUCAGUCUUCAGCCACAGUCAGACUGGUAUUGGGACUGUGAUUUUAAAAAGGGUGAAGGACCUGGCUGGAAAAUCUGUCAGGGUCUGUAAAGGCCCUCGGGCUGUCUUUUCUCGAAUUCUGCUGCUAUUUUCACUGUCUGAGUCAUUGGAGGAUGAAGAAGCUGGCAGUGCUGGUCAAGGCCAGCUCUCCACACUCCUUAUGGUAAACAUGAGGCGUAUGGUAUUCCCCAGUUACACUGUAAACAGGAAAACACAGGUCUUCCAGGACAGAGAAGAUCUUAUCAGAUAUGCAACUGCUGCUCAUCUGUCGAAUGAUAUAGCCACUGCAAUGGUGAAUGGGAACUGGGAGGAAGCUCAUCAUCUGUAUUUGUGUGCUAAAGAAACCUGGAGUGAACUAAAAAAUCACCCCUCUUUGAGCUAUCACAGAGUUUUACCUGAGUAUCUGCGACAUUUCACCGUCGGCUGGGUGUAUACAAGAAUCCUUUCUCAAGGUGUUGAGAUUUUGCAGAGACUUCACAUGUAUGAGGAAGCGGUGCAGGAGCUGCAGACUCUUUUGUCUCAGAGCGUGUACUGUACCGACAGCAGAGGACGAUGGUGGGAUCGCCUAGCACUCAAUUUACACCAGCACUUGAAAAACACUAAAAAGGCCAUCGACUGCAUUAGACGGGGGCUGGCAGACCCGUUUGUACGUACCGGGCAUCGGCUCUCUCUCUACCAGCGGGCCCUACGCAUCAGGGACUCGCCAAGCUGCAAGCAGUUCAGAUGCCUGUUUCAUGAUCUGCCAGUCAUAGCCGUGGAGGAUGUGACGCACGUUACGAUCAAAGGAAAGAUGUGUCCUCAGAUGGGAAUGGGAAAGUCUGUGUUUUUAAUGGAGGAUAUCGGUGAUGAAGAAGGAGGCGAGGAUGUCAGUGUCUCCACAGUCAUGUGCUCAGUUGAAGAGCUGGCGUUAACUCAUUACAGGCAGAAUGGCUUUGAUCAGGGUAACAGGAACUUCUUUUUGUACAGUAAAAUAAGUGUGGGAGUAAACAACCAAUUUACUAUGCAGUUAUGUUAAUAGACCAUUGUCAGCUGAUUUCCUUAGACCAGUUUCUUAUCAAUGAACAGCUACUCUAUUUGUUAGGGGUAAAAUGCUAGCAGUGUCAUUUAAGGGAGUGGUAUUAAGGAAAGGAAAACUUCCACUGAUUUUUGGUACUAGAUGAACAU